GGUCGGGGCUGCAGGACCGCGGGAGGCCUGGCCGGCGGCCGGGCGUGCGCAAAGUUCAGCCGCCACCCGGCACGGCCAGGCCAGCAUGGUGGACCACUUGCUUCCAGUGGACGAGACCUUCUCGUCGCCAAAAUGCCCAGCCGCUUACCUGGGUGACCGGUUGACUGGCCCACGGGCCUACCACAUGUUGCCCUCCCCACUCUCGGAAGAUGACAGUGACUCCUCCAGCUUUUGCUCCUGUGCCAGCCCUGACUCCCAAGCCCUCUGUUCCUGCUACAGUGGCCACGCAGGCACCAAGGGCCAGGAUAGCAUCUUGGACUUCCUGCUGUCCCGGGCCACACUGGGUGGCGGCGGCAGCAUCGGGGUCAGCAGUGGCCCCAUGGCCUGGGGGCCCUGGAGGAAGGCCCCAGCACCUGUGAAGGGGGAGCAUUUCUGUUUCUCGGCGUUUUCUGCGGGGGACCCCGAUGAGGUGGCGCGGCCCUUUCAGCCCACGCUGGAGGAGAUUGAGGAGUUUCUGGAGGAGAACAUGGAGCCUGGGGCCAAGGAUGCGCCCGAGGGAAGCAGCAAGGACUUUGAGGCCUGUGGCCAGCUCUCAGCUGGCCCACCCAGAAGCUACCUCCAUCCCGAGUCUGGUGGGAAGGAGUGCUGUACCCCUCUGCCAGGCAGCCCUAGCACCAGCAGUGCCCACAGCCCAGGUGGGGGGCCAGCAUCUGAGGGCCCCAUCCCAGUACUGCUCCAGAUCCAGCCAGUGCCCGUCAAGCAGGAGGCAGGUACAGGGCCAGCCUCCCCUGGGCAGCCCCCAGAAAGUGUCAAGGUGGCCCAGCUCCUAGUCAAUAUCCAGGGGCAGACCUUUGCACUUGUGCCCCAGGUGGUGCCCUCUUCCAACUUGAACCUGCCUUCCAAGUUUGUACGCAUUGCCCCAGUGCCCAUUGCCGCCAAGCCCAUUGGGUCGGGACCCCUGGGGCCAGGCCCUGCGGGCCUCCUCGUGGGCCAGAAGUUCCCCAAGAACCCUUCGGCAGAACUCAUCAAGAUGCACAAAUGCACUUUCCCCGGCUGCAGCAAGAUGUACACCAAAAGCAGCCACCUCAAGGCCCACCUGCGCCGGCACACGGGCGAGAAGCCCUUCGCCUGCACCUGGCCGGGCUGUGGCUGGAGGUUUUCGAGGUCUGAUGAGCUGUCCAGGCACCGGCGCUCACAUUCGGGCGUGAAGCCGUACCAGUGCCCAGUGUGCGAGAAGAAGUUCGCCCGCAGCGACCACCUCUCCAAGCACAUCAAGGUGCACCGCUUUCCGCGCAGCAGCCGCACUGGGCGCGCAGCAAACUGAACCUCCCUCGUCCCAGCGGCGUACCCACCCGGGUGUUUUAUAGCAAUAAUUUAUUUGUCGCUUCCCGAGGGACGCGACAAUGCACCUCCUUGGCAAAGUCAGGAGGCUCAGGAGGACUGGGCAGCUUGGCUGUGGACCUGGAGCCCCUGCAUCGCUGUCCCUGGCCUUCACUGGAGCUGGCAGUGGCCUGAGACCCAGGCCCCUAUGAGCGCUGUGGCCUCUGCUUCGGGGCAAGGGCCUGGCGCUUCACCCACUGGGCUCCCUACCUGGGUCCAGGCCAGCACUGUGUUGCUGUGGAAGAAGAAAUGUGCAGUUUUGAAACGCUCGUUUCCCAGCGGGAGCCAUGCUGGGAAGGAGGAAAUAGGCCCAAAGUCCAGCUGCGCAGGGCUCUGAGCAUAGCUAUGGGCAGAGUGCCUGGCCACUAGGGCUGAUGGGCAGGACAGCUGACCCGUGCAAUCGCCUGAGUUAAAUGCCCACGACAGACAGACAGACACAGGCUUCCCCAGAGCAGGCUCUGUCAGGAGUCUGCUGAGUGGGUCCCCUCCAAAGAUUCCCAGACAAGCUCCGCUGGCCAACCUCUUCACCACUUCUGGGAAGAGAGGGGGGGAGGCUGUAUUAUGUGUGAAGGAACUAGAUAGAGCCUAUUGAUCCUAAUUUAGAAAUGCAUUCCUUAUUUGGACUAGAAAUUAAUAUCAAAUAAACUAGCUUGUUUGGACUGGUUUAUUUCACAUCCUAUGAAUGUAUGUAAAUAAACUGUACAUAGAUGCAUAUGCAGAAAAUAUCUUUUAAUAACAUCCACAUUUGUGUAAAUUUGAGAUUAAAAAUCUAUAAAGGUGGUGUACAUAUGUGACAAUUCUGUAUAUUUUCUUUGGUCCUUCAUAAAAAAUAUAUUUACUUUGCCAAUAAAAAGAGGAAAAAAAAACCCA